AUGAAAUUUAAUUGUCUUCAAGAUGGAAUUGAUUUUUAUUAUAAGUAUGCUAGUGAAUGUGGAUUCAAUGUCCGUCAUAGUACUAGCAAGGUAGAAAAGAAGUUGCCUGGUCCUAAUGGUAAAAAAGGUCUUGCACUUAUUAAAUAUUUGGUUUGUAAAAAAGAAGGUUUUGUCAAUGAUAAUAAGAAAGAUAAAAAAGAUGUUGAAGGUGCUGUUUUUAGGAAGAAGAUAGUCAGGAGGAUUGUGUGUCCUGCUAUGAUUAAGUUUAAGUAUUGUGAUGGUGGAAAGUAUGUGGUUUAUUUCUUUCACGAAAGCCAUCGUCAUCCCUUCUCAACUCCUACUACCAGACAGGUCACUAAACCAUAUGAUAAUGGCUUAACUUGUAUUCAUAGGAAGUUUAUAUUUGAUAAUUCAAAGUUUAACAUUAGGGCUGUUAUGUCCUAUAGGAUGAUGAAAGAAUAUUGUGGAGGUUAUAAACAUGUGAGAGGCACUAAAAAUCAAUUUAAAAACUUUUCUCGUGACUUAAGAGUUAAUAUUUCUAAAGCUGAUGGGGCUAUGUGUAUAGAAAAUCUUCAACAGAAAGUCAAAAACAGUAAUGGUGGUUAUUAUUUGGACUAUUGUGUUGAUGCAACUAGGCAUCUAACACGGGUUUUUUGGGCUGAUCCCAUAGGGAGAAAGGACUUUCACUUGUUUAGAGAUUCCAUUUCUUUUGAUACCAUAUAUGAUACAAAUAAAUACUCUUUAGUGUUCUGCCCUUUUACUGGAGUUGACCAUUAUAAACGAUGUGUCACAUUUUGUGCAGCGUUAUUAUCUAAAGAAGAUGUGGAGUCUUUUGUAUGGCUUUUUCAGACUUUUCUAAAAUGUAUGAAAAAUGAGCCUUCUUGCUUUAUAACUGACCAAGAACCUGUAAUGGAACUUUGUGCUGUUGUUUGGGACAGGGAAAUUGAACCUAAUGAGUUUGUUGAUGGUUGGAAUACUGUGAUGGAAAAAUAUGAUUUGGUAGCUCAUGAAUGUCUAGCAAAGGGUUCUGAGGAUGAUCUUUCUGAUUUUGUUAAGUACUUGUCUUCAUUUGAGGAAGAGCUUAUGAAAAAGAACGGUGGUGAAAGUAUAAGUUUCAAAGAAGGCAAAGAAGCUGAUAUUCAGCUCUUUGUUGGAUCUAAUGUUGUUUAUGUAGAUAUCUUGCCUCCGAAUCAAUGUCUCAACAAAGGAUCUGCUAGAAGUUCUAAACGCUUGAAAAGUUCCAAAGAGGUAGCUGUUGAAGAAAAAAGCAAAAAAGGAAGAACUUGCAGAGCUUAUGGGCAAUAA